AUGUCAGGCAUGAAUGCUGGUAUGGGAUCUGCUCGUGGUGAUCAACUGGAGGCAGGAUUUGCGAAGCUUCAAGGCGAAGACUUCCAGUACAUCAUGCAAUCUUAUGAAAUCAUCGUGGGACGCAAUUCCAAGAAAGGAAAGGUAGACUUUGAUCUUAGCGCCGUUGGUGGAGAUAGGGAUGUUUCCCGCCGCCAUGCACGCAUCUUCUAUGAUUUUCAACACCGCUCGUUUGCCCUUGAGGUUCUGGGCCAACAUGGCUGCUAUGUUCAGAGGGUCCUUCACCGCCCAGGUGAUGAUCCCGUUAAACUGAAGUCUCAGGAUCUCAUUCAGAUUGGACAAACACAAUUCUACUUUCUCCUACCAGCUCGCCCCAUCUUUGCAUCCUUUGCUGCUGAGGGCACGCCACACUCAUUUAAUUUUCGUGGCCAAACCAUUCAUAUUGAUUCCGCCGCCACAGCUUCUCCUUGGCAAACUCAUAUUCCAUCACAACCCAUGUCUUCAUCCGGCAAGCGCCCUGCCCAUUCUGAUUUUUCUGCUUCUCGUCACAAUGGUUAUGGCGGGGCCAAUUGUGGCAAUGGAAUUAAUGUUGGCACUGGAACUCAAGGACUGUUUACGGUGCCAAUCAAGAUGUCCUCUGCUGAACUGAAGACCGGGCCUAUCAACGUUGAACGUGCCAAAAUAUUAGAAACUAGAAUCGCACACAAGGAUGAAGACAAGAAGUUGGAGUAUCAUCUUGCCUCAUGUGUUGCAAUAAUGCUUACUGGAAAGUUCACUGCGAUAUGGCCCUAUGGCAAUGCCCAAAAGUACCUGGCAGCAGAGGAUGGCUCAUCAACCAGAACAGCUGAGAGGCCAUGGCACAGGCUGUUGGAGCUGCUCAAGAAUCACCCGGAGAGGUUUAUCAUGAGUUCAGUCUCUAGAGGCACAAUAACAUUAGAGUUCGUUUCGCUGGUCAGCUUGGCUGAUAAGUUUUGCUCCCCUGAGGUUGAUCAGGUCACUGCCAGACACCGCUGA